AACAAACUAGCCAAUUGAGCCAUGCUUGGCUUUCUUGUAUGCGUUGUCUUUAGUGCUCUCUUUUAUUGACAAGAGGACACUAAAAGAUAACCUCUACUCAUCCUUCAAAAUUGCCCUUAGUGCUAUCCUUUUUUUCUCUCUUUUUUUUUCACUUUUCUCACUGUAGUAACACAGUAAAAAUGCAUUAGACUUGGCUUGUAAAAAGGUGAAACUUACAUUACCCCAAAAAUAUAAACAGAUUACUACAAUAAGACUAGGAAACCUUCAACACAAUACCUUGUUGCAACAAAAACAAUCCCAGCUGUGUGUGACUGUGAGCCUAGCAGCACACCAUUUUUUUCCCCCACACUCCUUCCACCAACAGUGUAAAAAACAAGAUGCCCAAGUGCCCAACUCCUCCAGCCUCCAGCUCUAAAGUCCCCUCCUCUGCCAGACCAAAAAAUAACCUAACACAUGGGUCCUCUUCCUCACUCUCGCUCUAAAUCAUUAGUGCCACCACAGUUGUGCAGUGUACUCCACAUUUCCUCCAUGGAUCCACCAAUGAGAUGCCUCCCGCCACCGGCGCCUUUACACAAAGCUUACUACUUGCACCAAAGCGCAUCUCGCACACCGCCUUUCUUUUUAUUUUAACCCAAGCCAAACUGGUUCUGGUGGUCUUGUGGAUUUUAGCCACCACCACCACUGCACGGUCGUUGGCCUCUCCCUUGCUACUAUAAGGGGAAGCCAGCCAUUGCAGCCUCGCCUGCGCGCGCCAGCCAUCACUGUGGAGUGAGAGCUCAGCUAGCUCAGCACCGCCGGCUCAUGGCGAUGCCAACCAAGAUCGCCGUCGUUCUACUACACUGACAUGUGAAGCCUCCUAGUCCUAGAUAGUUGAGAGAGGCUUUUCUUCUGUUCCGGCGACGGUGGGGAUGGGCCUCGCCGGCGGCAUUGUCCGGCGAGUCUUCUCCAAGAGCCCCUGCUCGUCGGCCGGCGGUGGCGGCCGUGGUUGCCACAAUGAGAGGGGCUCUGCUGAUCACAAGAGGAGAUGGAGCUCUCUCCGGCUCUACCUCUGCGGCGACGAGAUCAGCGCGGCCGCCGAGGACGAGAACGACGACGACGAUGAUGGGACGGUCUCCGUCAAGAGCUUCGAGACCUGCGCAAUGCCGCAGGAACCGCAGGCGGCGGCGCUGACGGUUGCUCGACCGGCGAAUGGCGUGGAUGGCGUCGCCGACGCCGGCGGCCACCCUGAAGAACAUGGGAGCAUGAGCAUCCCCAUCAAAGACAUCGCGCCUCCGACGGCGGCCGAGCCGGCCACCGACAGCCAAGUCGAAGCGGCGACGAUGAUCCAAUCCGUGUUCAGGGGAUUCAUGGCGAGGAGGCAGUUGCAGAAGCUCAAAUGCUCAGAAAACGGCUGCUGCACCACCGACGAGCCGAGGAGCCCUACUACGGCGUCCAUCGCGGCGUCGGUGGAGGUCCAGGUCGGCGAGUCGCUGAGCAACCUCCGCCUCAGCGACGACAGCGCCGCCGCCGCGGCGACGUCGGCGCAGCACCGGAGCAGCCAGCGGUCGCGGCCACAGGCGUUCAGAGUGAAGGAGGAGUGGGACGACAGCACGGUGAGCUCGAACGUGUCGAGGAUGCGGAUGCAGAGCAGGAUCGAGGCGACGACGCGGCGGGAGCGCGCGCUGGCCUACGCGUUCUCGCAGCAGCUGCGGAGCUGCGGCGGCGGCGGCGGCGGGACGACGAAGAAGCGGGCGGCGCGGUCGGACCAGGCGGAGUACAACGUGGGGUGGAGCUGGCUGGAGCGGUGGAUGGCGACGCGGCAGGCGUCGUCGGAGGCGUCGGCCGACGACUGCAUGAGCAAGAACGCGGCGGACGCUGGCUCGACGGCGGCGGCGGCCGGAGGGCGGCGGGUGAUCGUGGUGCGGCGGCGGCACGACCUCGGCGCCGGCGCCGGCGAGGAGAAGGAGAGCUGCGGGUCCAACGACGUGUCCGUCGUCAGCUUCGACGGCUCCAGCGGCAGCCUCAGCUGCUACAAGCCCGGCAGCAAGAGCCGCCUCAGGGGCGGCGGCCGGAGCCUGCCUCGCCGGAAGGUGGCUUCCUCCGACCACCGCCUCCACGCAAGAUCACACAAGGUGAGCAAGAAGGUGCACCGGCGAGAUCAGGAGCAGGAGAGGGAAGAAGCCGCGGCGGAGGCCUACGACGGCAACCAACCACCGACGGAUUACUGAGACAAAAGCUGACCGGGGAAGGAGCAGAUCGAUGAUGUACAUAUGCUUCUUCAAUUUGCGUGGAGCCUCCACCGAAUUGCUGUGCUGUGUUGUGUAAUCAAAUUGCUAUGAAAUUUGGCCCCUUUUUUUUCUUCUUUUGAUUGCUUUGUUUUAGUUGAUUAUCCAUCCAAAACGAGAAACCACCUCCUAAACCGAUGAAGUGAUUGGUGAUUGAGUGCGGAAGUCUGAAAGACUGACGAAUGUUUCGCUGCUGUUGCAUGUAUGUCGCGUUGUAAUCUACUCCAAGUUGUUAUUAGUGCUUAAAUAAUGUACGGAAUUGAUAUACAUCAUCCAAAACUUGAAAUUUUGGAUUA